AUUUGGUGGUGGCGGCGGUGUGAACUACCAUGGCCUCGUCAAGCGGAGGUGUUCCGCCAGGGUUCCGGUUUCAUCCCACCGACGAAGAACUGUUACAUUACUACUUGAAGAAGAAGAUUUCAUUUCAGAAAUUCGAUAUGGAUGUUAUUCGAGAAGUCGACUUGAACAAGAUUGAGCCAUGGGAUCUUCAAGAGAGAUGUAACAUCGGGUCGACACCUCAAAACGAGUGGUACUUCUUCAGCCACAAGGACAGGAAGUACCCGACGGGUUCGAGAACGAAUAGAGCAACGAAUGCUGGUUUUUGGAAGGCAACUGGGAGAGACAAAUGCAUCCGAAACACUUUCGAGAAGAUUGGUAUGAGGAAAACGCUUGUGUUUUAUCGUGGUCGAGCUCCUCAUGGCCAAAAGACCGAUUGGAUCAUGCACGAGUAUCGAUUAGAAGAUAACGAAGAUCAACAUGAUCCGCUCAAUUCCACCCUCACGUCUCCUGAAGAUGGAUGGGUGAUUUGCAGGGUGUUCAAAAAGAAGAAUCUGUUCAAGGUUGGAGGAAACGAAGGGUCAAGAGGUAGCAGUGGGUCCGAUCAACUUAACCAUGGUUCGAAUCAACCUGGUUCUUUUUCGCACCCUAGGGUUGAAAACCAUCAUCAGUACUUACCAUACCAUCAAGAACAGCACCAACAGCUACAAACCUUCGUCGAUCUUGGGCUUAACCAUGGCCACCUUCCGCACCCUUAUCCACAUCUCCAAGCUCAAAACUUCAUACCGACCCACAAACCGUUAGGCUAUGAUUUUUCGAAUCUACCAUCGGAAGAUUCACCGGUGAUGGUUAAACAAUUGAUGUCAAACCAUGGUGAUUGUGAUAGUGGAAGCGGCGAGAACCAGCAGCUUCCUGUUGGUUACCAAGGUUGUGAGCCUGGUUUAGAGGCCGGAACCUGUGAACCACCUGAACGCAUGGUUAAUGCUGCUGGAAACGAGUGGGGAAUGAUGGACAGGAUCGUGACUUCGCAUCUUGGUGCUGCAGCCAAUGAAGAUGGAAGUUCGUCAAAAGAGUUGGUGAGAUAUGAAAAUAAUGCAAAUGCAUCAUCAUCUUCAUCAAUGCAACAAGUCAAUCAAUUGCCAUUGCGGGGAGAAAUGGACUUUUGGGGCUACGGGAAGUAG